GGCUGUUGUACUGGUGCUCGCGUGCGGGAGUCAAACGCGUUAUAUCGUCUGUAUUCGCAGGAAUGGUUGCAGCGCAAAACUUUCGAUAUUGUCAUGAUGGGCGAGUGUAAAGCGCGACGGCUCUGCGCAUGCGCACUGGAGUCCGCCUGGCCAAUUUCUCAGUACUCGUGGGAGAAUUUGGAUUAGCUGUGUGCGGGUGUGAUGGAGUCGUCAGGCCCGAGCGCAGCUGCUCCAGAGUUUGACGUGUACGGGGCGAUGGACUGGAAGGACGGGGUGGGAACACUGCCUGGCAGCGAACUCAAGUUCCGGGUGAAUGAGUUUGGGGUCUUGGAGGUCAUAACGGACGAAACGGAGGAGGAGAGGGGCAAAAAGGCUCACGCCACCACCACAUGGAGCGUCCCAACUGCUCAAGAGGCUCUCUCUAAGGGGUCGGUCAUAAAGGAGGAAAAGGCAUGGGCCCAGCGAGGACUGGUAUGUGUACGCUGUAACAGGAAGGGCUCUGUGGUGGACUUCCUGUCUGAUGGACUUCACUGCAGUGAGCGCUGUCUGCUACAAGAGCAACAAGAAGACCUGAAGAAAGAUAGUUCCAGAACUAACGGAGAGGUGCUUGGGAGGAAAAGAUCACGCCCGACAGAGAGAGUCACGGAAGAUGCGGACAGCUCGGUGGAGGUCCCCGAGGAAGAUGAUGAGGAUUAUGAAGAGAAAGAAAGCAGGCGACCGUCACGUGGGGCUCCGAGAGGUCGCAGGAAGCGCAGAGGAGAUGCUGCACUGCUCAGAUUCACAGUUCCAUAUGGAGGCAAGAAGAAGGCAUGGUGUUGGGCCUCAUACCUGGAGCAGGAGAGAGCCAUCGCUGCCCCCAGUAAACUAUUCAAAGAGUAUCAGUCAUUACCCCAGUGUAAGAAUGGCUUUAGGGUGGGCAUGAGGCUGGAAGGUAUUGACCCUGAUCACCCGUCCAUGUACUGCAUCCUCUCCGUCGCCGAGGUGUCAGGACAUCGAAUCAGACUGCACUUUGAUAAGUAUUCCGAGUGCUAUGACUUCUGGGUAAAUUGCAACUCCCCUGACAUCCACCCAGUGGGCUGGUGUGAGAAAACCGGACACAAGUUACAUCCUCCUAAAGGGAUGAAAGAGGACGAGUUUAGCUGGUCAUCCUACAUCAAACUAAAUAAAAUCCAGACGGCACCAAAAGCUCUGUUUCAGAAUCAGAACAUGACGGUGACGCCAUCAGGCUUUAGGGUUGGUAUGAAGUUGGAGGCUAUUGAUAAGAAAAAUCCUUCAUUCAUCUGUGUUGCCACGGUUACCGACAUGGUGGACAGUCGAUUCCUGGUGCACUUUGACAACUGGGAUGAAAGUUAUGACUACUGGUGUGAUGCAACUAGUCCAUACAUCCAUCCGGUUGGGUGGUGUCAAGAGAAUGGCAAGACCCUCACAACUCCUCCAGGAUACCAUGAUGUGAAUAACUUCUCCUGGGAGAGAUACUUGGCAGAGACGAGCUCAUUACAAGCCCCUGCGCGAGCCUUCAAAGUGAGACCUGCUCACAGUUUUCAGGUGAAUAUGAAGUUGGAGGUGGUGGACAGGAGGAAUCCGGUUCUGAUCCGGGUGGCCACAGUGGUCGAUACGGAUGACCAUCGACUCAGGAUCCAUUUUGAUGGCUGGACUGAUGAAUAUGAUUACUGGAUUGAUGCAGACAGCCCAGAUAUUCAUCCUGCUGGGUGGUGCGCAAAAACUGGACAUCCACUGCAGCCCCCAAUCACUUCUCACGACAUGGUUGAGACAUCUGAGCAAAGCGGCUGUCCCACCCCAGGCUGUAAAGGGGUAGGUCACAUCAAAGGAGCCCGCUAUGCUGGACACCACAGUGCUGUGGGUUGCCCGUACUCUGACAUCAACCUUAAUAAGGAUUCGAUUCUGCCGGACCGCUUGAGUGGAGAGAUGCCGGGUACUGGAGUGGGUCGGCCACACAGAGCAGAACCAAACUCUGAGAUUUCAGCCAACACUGAUGACAAAACCAUCACCUCUGCCCCAUCUCAGCCGGAGAAACCCAGCACGGCAACCGCUGCCAUGGAAACGCCAGUAAAGAAGCCUGUUGGCACAGAAACCAAGCGAAGGGUUGGCCGGCCAUGUAAAGUGAGGAAGGUUGAAGAGCCACCACAGGAAGAGGAAGUGGAGAGUGAGGUGUCAUCAGUCAUUGAAACCAAAGAGUUGACUCUGCAGCAGGCUUUGCAUCAGUCCGUGUUCAUGCCGUGUUCAAACACAUCUCCCAGCAUGCCUCACUGCUGGGAUCAGCAUAGCAAGCUCCUGCCAACAGUGGCGGGUAUCACAGCCAGUAAAGUGGCAGCGUGGAGCGUGGACGAGGUGAUUGAGUUCAUCCAAGGACUUCCAGGCUGCAUGGAGCAAGUGCGCACCUUUAGAGAGGAGCAAAUUGAUGGAGAGGCCUUCCUGCUUUUGACGCAGGUGGACCUGGUGAAGAUCCUCAGCAUUAAACUGGGACCUGCUCUGAAAAUCUACAACUCCAUUCUGAUGUUUAAAACCGCAGAGAACUCUGCUUUCAACGAACUCUGACCCAGACAGAACAGAAAGAGAAGAGAGUUUAUUACCGCUUUAGUCAAAGGGCUCGUCAUGAACACUCAUAAUGUAUACAUCACGCUUUUAUACAUGAUGCACAGCAUUUAGAUGAUAUUAGAGCGAGCAGGUUGAAAAUGAGCAUUUGAGUAAAUCCUUUAACAGCCAGUAGUUUUCCGUAAUGACAUUCUUAAGUCUAUGUCAUGUGCAGGAUAUGAAUGAUAAUUGAUAUGAAUAACAUGGAUAUGAAUAAUAGGUUAUGAAUAAUCAUUUAUAAUUUAAUUUAAUCACAUGGGUGGAUUAUAUAUGUUUGCAAUUACAUUUUCACUAGUAAACAUGCCAAUUCAUGAUAUUAGUAAUGGAAUUGCUACUUGUAAAAUUGCUCAGUUUUGAUAUCAGUAAUUACAUUUGCACUAGAAAAUAAUUUGUCUUGACAUAAAAAAUGACAUUGUCACUCGCAGAAAUACACAUUUUUGAUAUCAAAUGGAAUACUACUAGAAAAAACAUUUGAAAUAUCUGUAAGUGCAUUUUCACAAUGAUCUGUCAUUCACUCCUGGUCAAAACACCAUUACAGAGAAAUAUAUUUGAUAUCAUGUUAGUCAAAAUUCACUUACUGUUUAAAGUUAUAAUUUGUUUGUAUAAAUAAUUUCAUUGUAUCAAAUGCAAAUGUCCAUUCUUGAAAUCAACAAUUGAAUUGCAACUAGUAAAAAUGCUCAUUUUUGGUAUCGGUAAUUUGGUUUUCACUAGUUGCAAUGGUCAUUUCAGAUAUCUGGAGUGGGAUUGUAACUAGUAAGAAAGCAUUUUACAUAUCUUUAAAUAUUCUCCAAUUUAUUAAUAUCUGAAAUACUAAAUCUAACAUGUUGAAUAUAUUUUUUUAGAUAUCAAAAAUGAGCAUUUUUAUUAGUAGGAAGUGCAUUUCGGUAUAUGACAUAACAAUUUCAACUGGUAAGAAAGUCAUUCUAGAUAUCUGUAAUUGCGUUUUGAAUAGAAGUGAAUGACAAAUCAUAGUGAAAUUCUACUAGUGAUAGUAGUAAUUCCACUCCUGAUAUCAAAAAUUUGCCUUUUAACUUGUGAAAAUAUAAUAUUUGGUAUCUAAAAUUCAGCGCGUGAUUAAAUGUUGAAACGCCUUGCAAUAUGUCAUCACGUGGACACAGCACCAUGUCUCUUUGUCAGCCUGAACUUCUCUGCAUCAUCAUUUAGAAAUGUUUAUGUAUGCACUUAUUAAGACGUAUUAGUAUUACAAUUUCAUGUAGUGCCCUUUCAGUGUUGGGGAGAAUGUAUCAUUUGAUGAUGGGUUAUGAGAACACUACACAAUGCUUUUCACAAUAUAGGUGCUAAACAAAUGCAGCUACAUUCAGAAGAGUCGCAACAUUUCUGUUUAUGACUCUCAUUGUUUCCUGGCAGCAUUUCUGGUACAGCUGAUAUUGAUAUUUCUCCUUACAUCUCUAAUUGAUAACCCUAAAUUAUCUGAAGAGUUUGAUAAGAAAUAUCUGUGUUGAUUAUAGUUUUGAUUCAUUCGUAAUUGAGUCCAUGCAGAGAAUGUGUGCCCUCUACACUUAAUCAGUUUUGAUUUUGGAGCGUGCACAAUAUUCCUUGAGCUUGCAGAACAUUUAAACGGUUUAUAAGAGAUGAGCUUACUUUUCAUUCAUCUUUUGAUUAGAUACAGUCCUUGCUUUGGUGAUGUAAAAGGUCAUUCAUUUGAAUGCUUUAAUACAAAAUGAUUUUCUUCAAAUGUGGCACUGUUCUUGCAGUCACUGGAUCUGAUAUAACAAAAACAAGGCUCGAAAUAUGUUUUUUUUUAAUAUACAUAUUCAGAGAUUAACUGUUAGCUUCCACAGAAUCAACCGGCAGCACUAAAAGUCAGAUUCCUUUAUGAUGGUCACUGUCAAUUCUUACCAGUUUACUGGCAUUCAGAUCAUCAAAAUGUUACAUAGAAAGCUACGAUUGAUUUUGAUUUGUGUAUUAGCAUUAACUUUCACUUUGUUUUUGGAACUAAAGGCUAUAAACGUUUCAGAUGUCGUUUGAAAAAAGUGUAAGGGAUCUCCACAUGUUUUACCAUUUGUGUUUCGAGGAAUACUCUAAGCAGAAAAUGUAGACUGUUCUAGAUGGUUUUUAGUCGUGUAUGUUGUGAGUGCAGUAUGUUUUCAUACUUGCAAACUCGAGCACAAGGGCAGAUGUGCUUUUUCUCUCCUUUGGAUAGAAUGGCAUGUUAAAGAUGUUGAAAUGAGGAAGAACAUGAUAUGACAAUGAAGAUAUACUCAUGGCACAAAGAAACAUUGUAAGAGCCAUAUUUGGUAUUUUGUUGCUGAACGUAAAUGAAUGCUCAGAAUGCCACAGUCUGUUGUGUAUCAGCUGCUAUUUUCCUUUAAUAAAUGAAUAAAUGAGUGUUUCUGAGACAUGCAGCAUUAUAAUACAGAAUUUUUCAAAUGUAUUUAAGUUGAAUCCUUUGACCAUUUAAAAUGAAUAGUUGAACACACAGUAUGUACCCUUGUGAUGUAAAUUUGGACUUAUAUUAACAAACCCAAACAACAGUUUUACUCGUUUUUGAAUAUGAGUAAACUUGUUCCAUUCAGCUGUAUGAUUUAUUGUAUUCAAGACUAUUUUAUCAUGUCUUUUUUUUUUCUUGUCAUAAGAGCCAAUAAUGAACAGAUAUUUUGAGGUUUUAGUUUGAUUGUGGAAAUUAAUAUAAAGUGUGUAAAUAUGGAAUUAUUUUGUGUGGAAGUGCAGCACAAGCACAUUGAUUGGUGGAAUACUAAACUUUACUGUUAUCCAUUUGCAAAUAAACAAAAAUAAAC